CACCGCACACUAUCACUUUAAAUGAGCCAGAGAGAUUCUCCCGCCAAGAUUCUUGCUAAGGAUUUGAUUGCUGGAUGCUUCGGAGGUAUUGGUAUCGUUGCAGUGGGUCAUCCCUUCGAUACCGUCAAGGUCCAUAUCCUAUGAACACGAGAAUAGAUAUUUUAAGUAGAUUCCUUAAUUUCCACGUCUGCAAACACAGAAUCCUGCCAAUCCUCUGUACACUGGUAUGUCUGAUUGCAUCAAGAAGACCAUCAAGUGGGAAGGAGUGUCUGGACUGUACAAGGGAUUCAUUUCUCCACUUUGGGGUAACAUGUUAUUCAACGCUGUGCAGUUCAUCGUUUAUGGACAGAUGAAGGAAGCUAUUGGUCACGGAGAGAUCCUUUCUCUUCCUCAGACCUUCUUCGCCGGAGCUGUUACCGGUAUGGCUGUGACCUUCGUGGAGACUCCCAUGGAUCUGUUCAAGUCUCAGCUCCAGGUGCAGAUUGUUCGUGCCAAGGACAAUCCGGAGUACAAGGCUCAGUUCACCACUGUGAGCGGUGCUAUCAAGCAAAUCAUCAAGACCAAUGGCAUUCUCGGUUGCUACCAAGGUUUCUGCACGACUCUGAUUCGUGAUACCAUUGGCGUGUCUCUUUACUUUGGAUUCUAUGAAAUUUAUCGCCGCGCUCUUCUGAAGAAGGGUCAACCCCUCAGCGACAUGCAGUACCAAGGCUCGUUCACUCAGUUCAUGGCUGGAGGUGUGGCUGGAGUCGCCUACUGGGGUUGUAUUUAUCCUCUGGAUAUCGUGAAGUCGAGUCUCCAGGUGGAAAGCAUUGUGAAGUCUGAACGUAAAUAUAAGGGUUUCAUCGAUUGUGCGAAGUCGAUUUACAAGAAUGGAGGUGUAAAGGCCUUCUUCCCUGGCUUUACUCCCUGCAUCAUUCGUGCCUUCUUGGGAAAUGCUGCCUGCUUCGUGUGCUACGAGCAGAGCAAGGCCGUGAUGAACAAGCUGUUCUAAGUUUAGCUGUGGAUACUU